CUCCCAAAUUAUCGGAUGUUUCAGUUGAUGAGAUUCUCCGUAGAGCAAAUCAACAACUCUACCGAUCUGCUGCCAAAGGUGUCUCUUGGCUAUGAAAUAUUUGACCAAUGCUCAGAUAAAGAGAACCUACCUGGAAUUUUCAAACUCGUCUCAGUCAAUGGCUUGAUUCAACCUUGGGAUGAAUCAUAUAAGCUACAAAAAAAUAUGUCCAGAAAUUCCACGGUGAUAGCAGUGGUUGGUCCUAUAACAAGCACUCAGUCUCUAACGGUAGCCCCACUGUUCACGGUGGAUCUCAUUCCAAUGGUCAAUUAUGGAGCAACUAGCUCUGUCUUAUCAAAUAAGUUGAAAUAUCCCAGUUUCCUACGCACUGUCCCUCAGAAUAAAGACACCAUAGAUGUAAUUUUUUACAUUGUGCAAAACUUCAACUGGCGCUGGGUUGCUUUUCUUUACAGUGAUAAUGAUUUUGGCACUGAUGGCCUGGAGUUGUUCAGGAAUAGGAUUAAGAAUACAGAGAUCUGCCUGGCAUACACCAAAGGGCUCAGUGACAAGACAGACUACUCCUCAUUGCUCAAACAGAUAAUGGCACAGAGGAUAAAUGCCAUUAUUGUUUUUGCUCUAAACAUAAAUGCUGAGGCUCUCAUUAGGUCGGCAAUACGACUGAAUGUCACCAACAAGGUGUGGAUAGCAGAUGAUGGGUGGUCUUUAAACAAUAAGCUCCCUAAGAUGAAAGGAAUCAAAAACAUUGGAACUGUACUUGGGGUGUCUCAAACAGUGGUAACAAUACCUGGCUUCAAUGAGUUUAUCCGUUCGAUAAAAGGCCAGCCUCUUUGCGCAGAGGUAGCACAGCAAAGGCUUUGUAAUCAGGACUGCAACUGCAGCAGCCUGAGAGCUGAGGAAAUCAUUGCUGCGGACCCAUCUUUUUCUUUUUCAGUUUAUUCUGCCAUUUAUGCCAUCGCUCAUGCUUUACAUAAAACCUUACAAUGUGGAACUGGCAGAUGUAAUACUAAUAUUACAGUGAAGCCAUACAUGGUUCUAGAUGAACUCAUGAAGUCAAAGUUUACACUUUUAAACCAGAGUAUUCAGUUUGAUGAGAAUGGCGAUCCCAAGUUUGGAUCCUUUUCUAUAGUUUUCUGGAACCAAAGUGGUGACGCAGAAGAGGUUGGCUUUUAUGAAUUUCACCCGGCAGUUGAUGCCUUCAUCAACAGCAGUAAAAUUAAAUGGUUCACAAAAGGAGAUGUGCCGACUUCCUUGUGUUCCCCAGAAUGUUCUGUGGGAUACGCUAAAAAACAAACUGGAACCCACAAAUGCUGCUUCAUUUGUGAAGUCUGUCCAAAUGGAACUUACAUCAACACCACAGUGGAUCCCUACACAUGCAUCAACUGCAAGGAGACAGAGUGGUCUACAGAAGGAAGUGCAUCAUGCAAUCUACGGGCAGUGGAGUACAUACCGUUCACAGACAGUGGGGCUAUAGUGAUCAUGUGCAUGACCGGGUUCUUGGUGGGCCUCACAGUAGCUGUAGCUGUUCUCUUUGCCAUCAACCACAACACACCUGUUGUCAGAUCUGCUGGAGGACCAAUGUGCUUCCUGAUUUUAGGCUGCCUCAGUCUGUGUAGUCUUAGUGUCUUCUUUUACUUUGGUACACCAACAGUUGCUUCUUGUAUCCUCAGAUAUUUACCAUUUCUUUUGUUCUACACUGUUGUUCUAGCAUGCUUUGUUGUGCGCUCUUUUCAAAUUGUUUGCAUUUUCAAAAUAGCUGCCAAGAUCCCCAAACUCCACAUUUGGUGGAUGAAAUAUCACGGACAAUGGCUGAUCAUCACUGCAGCAUUUGUCAUUCAGGGCCUUCUACUUCUUAUUGGCUAUUCUUGUGGACCUCCCAGGCCUUACAAUGAAAUUGUGUGGUACCCAGACAAAAUCAUUCUUGGUUGUGACUUCACUCUUAAGGUAGCAUCUUGUUCUGUGAUUUUACUAUUAUUGUUGUGCUCACUUUGCUUUGUUUUCUCCUACAUGGGAAAAGAUCUCCCAAAAAAUUACAAUGAGGCCAAAGCAAUAACCUUCUGCCUCCUCCUGCUGAUUUUCACCUGGAUUGUCUUUGCCACUGAGUACAUGCUUUACCGUGGAAAGUACAUCCAAAUUCUUAAUGCUUUGGCAGUACUCUCCAGUCUCUACUCCUUCCUGUUGUGGUAUUUCCUACCAAAAUGUUACAUUAUGAUCUUUCAGCCCCACAAAAACACACAGCAGUACUUCCAAGGUCUCAUUCAGAGUUAUACCAAAACAAUUAGCCAGUAG